CGCCUGGACAGUCAUCCCUCUGCGAACCCCACCACCCCACAUACGCGCGCCCUUCAGUUGCACAUCUUGAAGAACACCAGCCCGACUCUGCGGCAGAAACCUCCCAGGAUGCAGGGCGCCACGAUACAGGCUCCAGGCCUGUCGACGUACCUCAAAUCGCUCAAGAGCACCCCGGUAGACGCCUCGGUCGAGCACUUCACUGCGCUUCUCAAGCGACGGCAGAUCCGGAACUCACGGCCAUGCGCCAUUGCCACGACGGCCUUGCUCCUGCGCGUAGUGGGCGAGUUCAAAGGGAGAGACGCUGCCAAGCUCAUUGAGCGCAUCAAGCAGGUCGGCAGGCGGCUGACGUCGGCGCAGCCACGCGAGGUUGUAGUCGGCAACAUUGUACGGCGCGUGCUGGGACUUGUGCGCGAGGUCGUCGAAGAGCACGCCGAGGGGCAAACUCCUACUGGCAGCGAGCCAGGCCAUGCAACACCACACGCCCACCACAAGAACGACUCGCUUCACCGGCCUGCUCUCAGCUCGAGCAUAUCCACAUUCAGCCCUCUGAGACAUGCCGUCGCAGAGCCCAUGUCGGCGAGUGGAUACGCAGACAAUGCCUCUGAUGCCAGCGAGCCCUCGAGGCGGCCCCCGCUGCUCACCUCGCACACGUCGUACGCGCCUGCAUCGUCGGCGCCCCUCGUGCACUCGCUGUUCGGGCUCUUCUCCCAGCCAGCAGAUACGCCCUCGGCCACAAGCACGCCAACAGGACAAGCAUCGCCGGUGGGCAAGGGCAGCCUCACUGCGCUCAACCUCGAGCGGCUUGCCGGCAUGGAAAGGAGUCAGAAUCUUGACCUCAAGGGUGAGGUCAUGGAGGGCAUACGAGAGCUGCAAGAUGAGCUGGAGACAUCAGACAAGCAGAUUGCCGAAGUCGCGCUCGAGCACAUUCACGCCAACGAAAUCAUCCUCACCCACACGGCCUCGACAACGGUCCAAAAGUUCCUCUUGUUUGCCGCGCGAAAACGAAAGUUUACCGUGGUACAUGCCGAGACGUACCCCCACGACCACACGGCUACGCAUGGCAUCCUGCUCACUGGCAAGAAGCGAGAAGCCAACCCAGGCGACGACGAGGAGGACGACAAGUGGAAGCCGCUCACUGACGCGGGUAUCCAAGUCUACGUCAUCCCAGACUCGCACGUCUUUGCCAUCAUGUCCCGUGUCAACAAGGUCAUACUCGCCACACAUACUGUGCUCGCCAAUGGCGGUCUUGUUGCAGCCGCUGGAGCGCACAUGAUUGCAAUGGCAGCAAAGGAGCACCAGACACCAGUGGUUGUGCUCAGUGGUGUUUACAAGCUCAGCCCCGUCUACCCGUUUGACAUUGACGAACUGAUUGAGCACGGCGACGCGGGGGGUGUGGUACCGUUUGACGAUGGCGAGUUUGUAGACAAGGUUGAUGUCGCGAACCCCCUGUACGACUAUGUCCCUGCAGAUCUCGUCGAUCUCUACAUUACCAACCUUGGUGGACACGCGCCCUCGUACCUCUACCGCAUCGUCGCAGACCACUACCGAUCCGAGGACAUUACUCUAUAGUUUACGACUAUACCAUGCAGCCAGCAAGGCGUACCGUUUCGCCUUGCUUUGGCGCAACUGCCAUGGUAGGCUCGCUCGGAGCCAUACGAAUAUAAUAGUCGAUACACCGCAUGUGGUCCAUCUACAAGGAAUUUACCCGUGCUCACUGCAUUCUUUGACGCUGCAUCUUCUAAUACCAUCUACACAUCUCCCGGGGCGAUUGGUCACGGAGUGGUGCCUCAUCCGCACCAACUCAUUUCCUGCACCGCAUCAUUCACACCAUUGGUCACGCCUGUCCUGGCAGCGUGCCCUUCG